GUUUCCGAUCGAGUCAUCAUCACCUGCUGUUUCCGCGGCACCGCUAGUUUUGCGUUUGACCCCAGAAGCACGCAUGUGAUUGCUUCGGCUAAAAUAUUGAUGGUUUCCUCGUUGUUGAUUUCUAUAAACGCUUCUUCUAGAAGUUAGUAUCUAUCAGCAGAGUAGCCGUUGAUUUUGAUAAGCUUAUGGCACAAUAUCGAGCCACUUGCACGUUUUUAGUUUUCAUUUUUCUCCGGGGAGAAUUCUACCAAUACAUCGCUAGAUUCUACUGAGAUAGAGUGACACUCAGUAUCCAAAAUGGUUUCGAUCGACGAUCCGGAUGAGUUUCAGGAGAACCCGCUUGAUUUACUCUUCGAGCUGUCUUGCCUUCUCAACACGGGGCUGGACCGGUAUCUCGGCAAUCCUAUGUGCCAGCAAACGUGAAUUUUUAUUGCUUUCUUCAACAACCGAGAACACGAACACGUCAUCACAGCACAGAGAGCCUGCUGUGGCUCGAGCAGCGAAGCCGGCGACGAGUCUGUCAGCGUCAGUCUCUUCAGUUCAGCAUGAUAAGUAAAAUCAAAAUGCAAGAGGCUUUCUGUACGCACGAUGCAGGGGAACGAGACCGCCAGCGCCACCCGCUUUCAACAUAAUUUUUGCAUGUGAUACAACUCCUCAAUCAACAAAUUCACAAGAACUUCUGGCACGUGUAUUUCGCGUCCAUAACCCCGAGACGCUUGAGAUCCUGCACGACCUGUGCCAGCUUGGCGUAAACCCCACCGCGCUGGCCGAGGUGGUAACGCAACUGCGGUCUGAGGGCGCCCGGCUGGACGAGGAAAUUAAAGCCCGAACAGGCGGAGGAGCAGCCGGCGCAGCGGCGUCGGGCCACGGCGGCGCGCACCUUUUGGGCGGAGCGGGGAGAGGCGGGUCUGCCGCGCGGCACUUUGCCGGCACGACGACAAGUGCAGCAACACUCCUGAGCGGCGGAAAUAACCUCGCUGCUGCCUCCAGUACAGGAACGACGGGCCUAGGAGCCGGGUUGCUUGCGCCUUCAGGGGGAGCUGCGGCUUCCGGUGGCUCAUCGUUGCUGCGACCGACAGCCAAUAUCGGAGGAGGUUUCACUUCUUCUUCGGUACAACAGAGACGGUAGUGAGAAGGCCGUCGGUGUGUACUACGAAGGGUAACUGCAACACAUUGAAAUUGAUAGUAAAUAAACAUACUGUACGGGAAAAGCGAACCUCCACCAGAGAAUGGAUAUUUCCUUGACGCAUCAACCGCUGCAUCUUAUUCGACCUCAAUGUCCAACUGCAAGAAUUCGAAAUGAGAAAUAUAGCUUCUUUGCUGCUCCCCUGGCCGUCGAGUAGACAUGCUGCCGCCAGGAAAAACAAU